AUGGCCAUGUCUCUUCUUCUUCCGAUCUUUCCUCUACAAUCCCUAGCCAGAAGCUACAGAUGGUGUCCGGUUCGAACCGGAUCAAAACCGGUUUGUUUGGUAGUGACCAGAGCUCAAACAAGCGGUGGUGAUAGAGAGGAGGAGAACGUGGUGAUUGUUGGCGCCGGGAUUGGAGGACUCGCCACCGCAGUAUCUCUUCACCGGCUUGGAAUCCGGUCGGUUGUUCUGGAGCAAGCAGAGUCGCUUCGGACCGGAGGAACAUCGUUGACGCUAUUCAAGAAUGGGUGGCGUGUUCUUGACGCUAUCUCCGUCGGGCCUCAACUCCGAACGCAGUUUCUUGAAAUCGAAGGGAUGGUAGUGAAGAAGGAAGAUGGAAGAGAGCUUCGUUCUUUCAGAUUUAAAGAUGAAGAUCAAAGCCAAGAAGUUCGGGCGGUGGAGAGGCGAGUACUCUUGGAAACACUUGCAAGCCAGCUGCCUCCACAAACCAUUCGGUUUUCCUCAAAACUGAAAACAAUACAAAGCAAUGCCAAUGGUGAUACUCUCCUGGAACUUGAAGAUGGAAGCCAAUUGCUUGCAAAGAUUGUUAUUGGUUGUGACGGUAUCCGGUCUAAGGUCGCGAGUUGGAUGGGGUUCAGUGAGCCGAAAUAUGUUGGUCAUUGUGCUUUCCGUGGACUUGGGUUCUAUCCAAACGGACAGCCAUUUCAGAAAAAGGUGAACUACAUUUAUGGUAGAGGGCUUCGAGCUGGAUACGUACCCGUAUCUGCAACAAAAGUCUACUGGUUCAUCUGUUUCAACAGCCCAUCUCUAGGGCCGAAAAUUACGGAUCCAGCUAUCCUAAAGAAACAAGCCAAAGAACUGGUUAGCACCUGGCCUGAAGAACUGCGAAACCUCAUCGAUCUAACACCCGAUGAAACAAUCAGCAGAACUCCUCUAGUAGACCGAUGGCUAUGGCCCGGCAUUGCUCCGCCAGCAUCGAAAGGCCGAGUGGUUCUUGUUGGAGAUGCUUGGCACCCAAUGACUCCAAAUCUUGGACAAGGUGCUUGUUGUGCAUUGGAGGAUUCGGUUGUUCUAGCGAAUAAACUCGCCAGCGAACUCAAUAAAGGGACCGAAUCAGUCGAAGGGGCAAUGGAAUCAUACGGGAACGAGAGAUGGUCACGAGCAUUCCCGUUAACAGUACGCGCAAACCUAGUCGGCGCACUUCUACAAUGGGAGAAUUCUCUUGUGUGUUCAGUUAGAGACAAUAUUAUCAUACCAAAGUUAGUUAGGCUCGGACCAAUGCUUGAACACACAAACUUUGAGUGUGAGCCUCUCUAUGAUUCAAAAACGUAA